AUGGAGAAUACGAGUGAGCCGCCCACUCCCCACUACAACAGCUCUGUUCUGGGGGACAUGCUCCCCAGGAACCAUCUGCUGUUCCUGACUGCUGUGAGCUCCCAGUGUACUGCCUUUGCAGAGCGAGUAGCCCUGCUCAAAUAUAGGGAAGCACUCUUAUCAGGCACCUUGACUAACUGUGUGUGUGUCAAGGAUGGCUUGGCGUUAAGGAUACAGGUAGCUUGCCACCGGGAGCCUCAGGUCCUGAGGGAGAGUGUGUGUACAGAAGGACUCCUCAUCGUCAGGGAGAACGAGGAGACUCAAGCCCUGGAGAUGGCAACCAUGCACCGGCCUCUACUCACCUGCACGGGCUCCAGCAACUCCACACAUACUUUGGGGCGGUGUGUCGCCUGGCCAAGCGCUGGCUGGGAGCUCUUCAGCGAUGACAUAACAGAGGACACUGCUGACCUGCUGGUGGUGUCCCUCUUCCUGCAGCUGGCCCCCUUCACUCUCCAGGGUCUCCUCAGGUGGGUUUCCUUCGCUUUCUCCUCCUUCGACUGGAGAAACAACCCCCGGUGGUCGACCUCAACAACCAGCUCACCGCUGCUGACUACACUGAGAUCAAGAAUGACUUCAUCGUCUCCAGAGUUUCUGCCUGUCAUAUUCAUUGCCACGCCUAACUCUCACACUGUCAAAGACCGUAAAAAAAAAAAUCCCGUCUGUAUAUUAAAUAGUAUAGUCAAGGCUCUAAAGUGCGACCAUUUUGGUCGCAUAUGCAUCAAAAUAUUUUGCUGUGCUACCUACAUUUGCAAUUUUGGAGCACCAGUGGACCUUCAAGAGAAAUUACUCAGAUAAUAGUUGUUGUAAUGAUUAUACUUCACUCUACCGUUGUUUCCAAGUGCCCUAGAGAAAUGAUUGAGUGAAUAUUUGUUAGCAUCAUGGUUGUACCCAUUACUAUAGCUAAACUGUAUUGUUUCUAGCCCUAACAGUUCAGAAGAUAUGACCCAUAUUACCCGUGUAACAUUUUUUUUACUUCCUAUAGUGGAAGAGAUGUCCUCGUUUUACUUUAAUAAACCAUGUCUCGGGCCAUUCUUAAA